CGCAAGGAGUUAUAAAAUAUUUCUAUCUAGCCUCUGAGGUUAAUCAGUGGCGUUUUACUUUUAUACAAUGACACUUUGCUACUAUGUUCUUACGUAGAGAGCAUAUAACAACGAAAUGCAGAAUAAAGGUGUUUUGAAACGGCGAGCUUUUAGUAUCAACUCCCUACAAAUUUGAGAUCUACAGUGUACAGUACUGUACUGUAGCUAAUUAGCUGGGCUAUUUGAUUUCGCUAGUAGUUGUAUACGUUUUGUAAAUGUAGAACUUGAAGAUGUCAGCGUCAAUAAAAUCAAACCCAACACCUCCUGUCUUACCAAAACCAGAGAUGCGGAGGAUAAAGUCAAGUCAUUCUGUCGAAUCACUUGAAAAUGACAAAGAAGCCACUACAGCACUCACUGAGCUAAAUGAGCAACAGGUACCAGUAACAGGUGGAUCGAAGAUGCAGGCUGGACCACAGUUCAAUGAUUUCAUCCCAGAUGAGCUCCUGGCCACUCUUACCUCUACCAUCUGUCCACAUAUGCUGGGACCCCCAAAACUAACCAAGACCCCCAAAGACUUCAGGGUCCAUGGAAUGCGACGCAUUGACGCAAUUUGGCAUCACCCAGUGAGACGCAAGAAAUACAAAUAUUUUCUUGACCAACCAACGUCGCUGACUGGAGCGGGAAGGGACAUCUCCUUUCUUUGUGAUGCAAUGGUCUCUCAGAGGGAGAGGACUCUACUGCCCCCCAUGACUAAAAGGGGACAAACCAACCCACAGGCCAUUCAGAAGGACAUCAGCCUUAUGGAGAGCCUCAUUCCAGAGGAAUAUCAUAUUGUGAAAAACAAAGGGGUUCAAGGCCUGGAGUGCUACGAUGACACAUUCACAGUAUUGCUGGAGGAUGACGAAAGGAGGCUGAAAGUCUUUCCAUCCAUGAGGCCCAGCGGGCGGUUGGAGGCAGUGCAGCUGAUGAAGGCGAUGGAUGACAUGCUGGACAGAGCAGGUGUUAACCAGGAGUACCAGGAGCUGACAGGACUUUCACAGAUGCAAGGCCUGCUGGAGCUGGUGCGCGUGGAGCAGAAUAUCUACAACAUUGUGUUUCAUGAGCUGAUCAGACAGGUCAGCGUGGAGUGUGCUGAAAGAGGACAGCUCUUGGCUAAGCUCAGACAGAGGUACGCAGCCCUUCUGGAUCGGAUCCCCAGGCAGCUGAAGGGCCUCCACACAGAGACACUGGCCCAGAGAGCCCUAGACCGCAGGCUCACAGAGGAGAUUGUCUGCUUCAGGAGCUCCAUUACCCAGCUCAACACAGAGCUGUGCAAGAUGAGGGAGAAUGACGAGAUUGUGUCCAAGGAGGCUGAGGUGGCACAGUUGGAGCUGGCCAAGGCUAUGGAGCAAUCACAGAAAAACUCUGAUAUGGUGGGGGAGUACCAUGACCUGUAUGAGAUGCAGAGGAGGAGACUAGAAGGACAGGUGGCCAGGCUGACGGACGAGAGGGACCUGUGGAGCAGAGUCACCUACAACCUGGCCCUCAAAGUGAUAAAGUUGAACAACAUUCAGCUGGCUAACAGGCUUCACAUCAGCGAGCAGACCUGGACCAAAACUGCAGAACAUUUUACAGUCUUCCUGAUGUCUAAGGACCAAGAAGACCUGAAUCGUGUCAUGGAGCUGACCGAGCGUUGGAAGGAGCAGCUGACAUCUUUCAUGCAGAGUCUGAGAGAAAGGGAGCGCCAGCAGUGUGUGGAGAUACAGGACAUAAAGGCUGGCAUCGCCAAGUGGCACAGCUUGGUUGGAGCCCGCACCAGGAGCCCGGAUGUGAAAUCUGAAGAAGUCUCAGAAGAACAGCUUCAUGCAGAUUUGAAACAAUGGUCAAAUACCCUGACCCUCCAGUGUGAGCGCUACGGGGGCGAGGACCUCCUCACCCACCAGGAGACCCUCAACAUCCUGGGGCAACUGCAGGAGGCCUGGGUGGAGGUGGGCCUCCAACUGUUCAGGAGACACCCAGGCCCAGACGGGGACCCCCCUAAGGGCCAAGAGGCCAUGAGGCAGAUGGGCUUGGCUGUGACGGAGCUUCACAAGCAGCUGGGUACACGCAUCAACGGCGAGAGCGGAAUCCACAAGCAACUGAUGAGUCUGGCUGGCUUCGUGGAACUCUGGGCCACCCGAAUGAAGGCCCUGAUUGGCUGCACCGAGGUGUUGCCCCACUGUGACUGGCUGAAGCUGGAGAAGGCCCUGAGUAGCUGGAUCUCAUUGGCGGAGGAGGCCCUGAGGCUCGUCCAAAGCACCCAGCCUGAGACAGAAAGGCUCAAGCACAAACCGCAUCUUCCGAUCGAGAUGAACGAUGUCUUCAACACCCUCCGGGAGUUCAUCUUGACACAAGACAACUUUUUUGACUGCGAGCACCGCAGGCUGUGUGAGGAGGUCAACUCCAUCCACACAGCGCUCACACACUGGAUGGUAGAUCUGCUACUUCAGCUGGUGCCUGACCACUCUGACAACCAGGCGCAAGCCGCUCUCCUUGGGGCCAACAACUUCACUUUCAAGGAGGUAUCCCUGCUAGAGGAGGACGCCAAGAACCUUUCCCAGAAACUGGACAACUACUCCAAGUAUAUCACUAGCUCUUGCCAGGCAAUAGUGGAGGAGGAGAUUCAGAGAAGCGUGGCUCAGGACGACACAGAGAACCAACUUUAUGAGCUUGGCACACUACAGCGGGAGUGCGGGGAGUGGAGGGAGUCCUGUCAGAUCCUGCUGUCCGACAUGAAGGGCCGUCCUGUGGAGCUGCGUGACACACUGAACCUGGUUCCCUGUUCCACCACGGCGCUCCUUCCCAAUAUGGAGCUACCGGCAGUGGUUCCAGCUGAGGGUUUAGAUGAAGAGGAGAACCAUGGCAGUCGGAUGCAAUUAUUUCACAUGGGGGAGGCAGAGGACACAGACGAGGCCACGGAGAGCUCACUCACCAGCUCUGUCAUGAAGCUGAUCGGCCAUGAUGGAAACAUCACUGAGCAAACCCUGGGGAAGGAUACUGUUCAGCUGACCGGGACUGAAAACAUGGUGGCCCGUCCACACACAGUUAACGCUCAGAGAGCCUUUGAUGCUUUGGCCACAGUGGAGCUUCUGCAGAAUGAGUUACUUGAGGCGGAGGCCCGGGCCCACAGUGCAGAGGAAAGGGCCCUGAAGGCAGAGGAAGCUCUCCAGGCUGCUCUAGAGAAGAUCCAGGACCUGGAGAGACAGCUACAGGGCAGGCCCAGCCUGGAGCACAAAGUGAGCAAGAAGUCUUUGGCUGCUGCUUCCAAGCCAAAGGUCACAGUGUCCACUCCUGAACCAAAAGCAGUAAGUCAGAAGCCUGAAACUAGCCCGAAACAACCUAAGCCUAAGAAACGUUGAACAGUAGCUUCAGCACUUGUGAGAAACCCUGGUUACUUUGUAUUUGAAAAAAUAAUAAAUCCAGAGUAAAAUCUUUAAAUAUUGUAGGUGUGUAUAUAAAAUAGUAUUUAAUAAUUUGCUUAUUUAGAGUGCUUAUGUAUAUAGAACUCUAUUUGUUAAGCAAUCAUGUCCUUACAAGAAGGUUAUGGUGUAAAAUGUACUUUGUGGUUCUUCUUAAUAAUACUGUUACAAUACACUAUUAUUUCUGUUAUUAUUCGCUGUAU